AUGACCCACCAUAAACCAGAGGCUUCCUCCAAGAACCGGAGUCCCAGCCAGGGUCUCCUCCACAACCCCCAGCCAGGGUCCUCCAGAGGACUCCUAGCCAGGGUCCUCUCCAAGAAGGACUCCCAAACAGUCCUCUCCAAAGAGUCCCCAGCCAGGUCCUCUCCAAGACUGAGUCCCAGCCAGGGUCCUCCCUCCAAGAUGGAGUCCCAGCCAGGGUCCUCCCUCCAAGAUGGAGUCCCAGGGUCCUCCUCCAAGAUGGAGUCCCAUCCAGAGUCUCCUCCAAGAAGGAGUCCCAGCCAGGAAGUCCUCCUCCAAGAAGGAGUCCAGCCAAGUCCUCCUCAACAAGACCCCAGCCACGGUCCUCCUCCAAGAAGGAGUCCCAGCCAGGUCCUCCCAAGCAAGCGAGCCCGCCAGGUUCACCAAGGAGGAGUCCCACCCAGGGUCCUCCUCUGUAAGCUGAGUCCCACCCAGGUCCCUCCAAGAAGGAGCUCCACCCAGGUCUCCUCCAGGAGUCCCACCCAGGUCCUCCUCCAAAGGAGUCCCAGCCAGUCCCUCCUCCAAGAAGGAGUCCCAGCCAGGGUCCUCCAAGAAUGA